GCGCGUUGCGAAGUGACUUCAAGUCCAUAGCGUCUGUACAUACAACCUACUGUUUACAUCUGGUGGUUAGAGUAAUUUACAUACUGUCUACUAAAACUUUAGUUGGUUGCAUCAGUUAGACUAUCUACAUGUUUGUCUAGCGCUCUCGACACGAGAAGGAGGAAUCACAUUGCUAGAAUUUUGCUGAUUUGUGUAAGGAGAGUCAUGGCUACGCGAGACAAGGAGAGUCAGACGUUGCUGCAAAUAACGACAUUCUAAUUAUUAGUACAUGUAUGACCGAGUGUUGCACAAGAGUAGGCGUGUUAUUACCAUGGUAAUAUCAUGUGUACUUUGUAUAGAAAGAGUAUUUAUAGCCGGUGACGACAAGGGCGAGAGCUGAGACGUCCCACUUCCUCAGUUUGAGGUCAGAUCGUGAUUUGUUUCUAGCCCAAUGGUGGACGAUCAACUGGCAGAUUUAUCCCAACUCGACGAAGAAACACUUCUUGUCGCACUACAGCGUCGCUAUGCAGCCAAUCACAUCUACACUUACGUGGGAGACAUUCUUGUCGCUGUCAACCCAUUCUGCUUGCUCUCAGAACUUUACAGUCGACAGACAUCACAUCUGUAUAGACGACCGCCAGGGAAGCUACCACCUCAUGUAUUCGCUAUUGCAGAGCAAACAUACAGUUCAAUGUUGACAAGUGGGAACAGCCAAGUGUGUGUGGUUAGUGGAGAAAGCGGAGCUGGCAAGACGGAGUCGUCUAAGUUUUUCAUUCAGCAGGUGAUGGAAAUGUGUCGAACAGCUUCUGGUCAUGGUGGUUUGUCUUUAGAAGACAAGAUUCUUUUGGUUAAUCCACUGCUUGAGGCAUUUGGUAAUGCCCAGACUGUCUUGAAUGACAAUUCUAGUCGGUUUGGAAAGUUUAUCGAGCUUUUUUUUGAUUCGACAUCUGGCCAAGUGACUGGUGCUGGCAUUCAACACUACUUACUGGAGAAGUCGCGUGUUGCCAAGCAAGGAGAAGAUGAAAGGAAUUUUCACAUAUUUUACUACAUGUAUGCUGGUCUGCCACCUUCUGAGCUGCGAAUGUUGCAUUUAAAGGAUCCUACAGCACACCAGUAUAUGAAUCGCAAUGUACUGUGUAAAGACCUAUGCAGCAGCAAAGAAAGUGUAGUGAUGUUUGGCAAAGUUUGUAACUCUCUUGAUGCUGUCGAUUUCACUAUUGAUGAACGUAGUCAGUUAGUACAACUCUUGGCAGCUGUUUUGCUAACAGGAGAUUUGGAUAUCAGUGGUGAUGACUCUGCUUCUAUAGCAAACCCUGAGACUUUGAAUUUUGCUGGUGAACUUCUGGGUGUUGAUCCAGUUGCACUGGGGAGAGCAUUGACUACAUCUGUCAAUCAAAUGAGAGGAGAAGUGAUCACUAUAGCAUAUGGUCAAGAAAAAGCAAUGGAUUGCCGGGAUGCUAUGGCCAAAGCUUUGUAUGGACGAGCUUUCAACUGGAUUGUCAACAAAAUAAAUAUUCUUCUUGGAGGUCCUGAUGGCCAGCAUCAGCAGAAAACAGUUUCAAUCGCUGUUCUUGAUAUUUUUGGCUUUGAAGACUUUCGGUUUAACAGUUUGGAACAAUUCUGCAUUAACCUGGCUAAUGAGCAGUUACAACAUUUCUUUAACAAUUGUGUCUUUGCUAUGGAGCAGGUGGAGUACGUGAAAGAAGGUGUCAGUGGCAGUGAUAUCAAGUUUGAGGACAAUAUGCCUGUUUUGCGAUUGUUUUUUGAUAAGCCUAUUGGACUGCUUUCUCUUCUUAAUGAGCAAAGCUUGUUUCCAAGGGGAACUGACCAAUCUGCUAUGCAAAAAUUUCAGCAGCAUCUUUCUAGCAAUCGAUACUAUCAGCCAUCAAGAGGACUUGAUGCUGGAUUUAUUGUGAAGCACUAUGCUGGAUCAGUUGAAUAUCAAAGUAAAGGUUUCUUGGAUAAGAACCGAGACACACUGGCAACAGAUGUUGUAUCCACAUUGUCUGAUAGCCAGUGUCCGUUGGUUGCUUACUUGUUUUGUAGUAAUCCACCUCCCUUGUCGUCUGUCUUGUUGUCUCGUUCAUCUCGGAUUGGCUCCUCACGAGGAUUGUCAUAUCGCCUACGAGGUGCUUUCACUCGAUUCAGUCGUCAAGUGUCUCGUCAGCAGCGUGCUAGUGUGAAUCGCCAUAGAAACACCUCUCAGCGAUCACGACGAGGCAGAAAGAACAAAACUACUGUUUGUGGUCAUUUUCGUGAGUCUCUUGAUUUGCUGAUGGCAAAACUCAACUCAUCAAAGCCACACUUUAUCAGGUGCAUUAAACCAAAUGAUCAAAAGCAACCUUUAACCUUUGAUAAUAAAUUGGUUCUGAAGCAAUUAAGAUACACAGGAAUGGUGGAAGUAGUGAGAAUUCGUAAGGAAGGGUAUGCUUAUCGACCCAAGUUUGCUGAAUUUCUGUAUUCAUAUAGAUGCUUGGGUCAUGCCUUUACAUCUCGUAUCAAGCCUACAGCUGAUGCUUGCUCUCGUGUGCUCACCUUUUGUGGAUUGAGUGGUUGGAAAAUUGGACACACUCGUGUGAUGUUGAAAUUCUGGCACAAAGAGAAGCUCAACUCUUGCAUUCAUGAGUUGGAUAAGCAUGCUUGCGUUCUGCAGAAGAUUGCCAGAGGAUUUCUGACUAGAAGAAAAAUGAACUUUUUGUGGCAGCUAAGGUCUCAUGAAAUGGUUGUGUUGGAAACAUUUCUAAAGAGCAUUGAAUUGAAAUGCAAUGCUUUGUGCCUGUUACAACGUAGUCUAAUUGAUGAAGACAUAAGCCACUGGAAAGCGACUAGAAUUGAGCCUGUGGCUCUGGCUCCACCCCCACUGCCUCCAAAGCCAUCUUUGAAUAAUUUUUCUUCUCAGCCCGCUGUUCCAGCAAGGUUUGGACGUAGGUUUUGGCACUCAAGAAACAAAAGAGCUAGUGCAGAAGCUCUUGCUAGAAACUUAAAGGUUGCAGUUGCUGAACGCCAGAAGAGCUUGAAAAACUGGAGGAAAGAAGAAGGCAGUCGUGGAGCAGGCCUGAUGGAAGUAAGCUCCAAUAUUGCAUUUGCACCUUGGUUUCAUGGAAUGAUAUCAAGGAAGCAAGCAGAAGCAACUGUUGAAGAAAGACCAUCAGGAACGUUUCUUGUUCGGACAAGCGAGUCAAGGUUUGGCUAUUCACUUACUGUUUACUGGGAGCCACGAGUACGCCACUAUCUGGUUGAGCAAAUCCCUGGAGGCAAAUAUCGAGUAGUAGGCAUCAGUAUUUCUUUUGAUGAAUUGAGUCAACUUGUUGACUAUUAUUCGCAUCAUCCAUUGUCUACUGAAGGAGAUAAACUGUUGACGCCUUAUGGUGAAGCUGCUGUUGUAUCAAAGAAGGAGGCAAAGAAACGAGGUUUGGCGGAGGUGCGGAAUUACCGCAAGAGUGGAUGGGGAAGAAAUCGAGGAGUCAAAUCAAACAAGAAAGCUCAUCGAAAGGGACGAUCCAAGUAGAAAAACAACUGUUGCAGACUUGACAUUUGGUAGAGAAAUUCAAGUUUAGUUUCAGUAUGAAUAAUGACUGGAAGAUGUCACAUUAGGUGCAUGUCAUUGGUACUAUAUAGAGCUCUAAAUUCUUUAAUUAACUAAAAACAUGGACUAAUUAUAUAGACUUAGAGAAAGGAAACAAUAGAUUGAAUAGAUGUGACUUGAACGAUA